AGAUGUCACAAGCAAGACUGCAAAACACUGAAGAGAAUAUAUCCCUUGCCACACUCAUACUCACUUCAGCUUCUGUCUCAAAUCAUCCGGAAGCAAAGAAAGUCAGCUCCAUGUACUCAGGAUGAUGAGGAUUGUUUCCCAACCACCGUAGACCAGUUGGAAUCCCAUCAUGAAAAGCUGAGUGAUACAAAAAGGGAUGAAUUUAAGAGCUUGUUGCUUUUGUUGAAGUUUUGCGGAGAGGAUGUCUUACCUGAGCCAAGCAGCUUGUUGAAGAUGUAUGGGGCGAUCCAAUGCAAUGAAUUCUCAAUAAUGGAUAAUGAUCUGAAUGGCAUUGCAUUUGCGAUAUACUUGAGAGCAUCCAUGGCGAACCAUUCCUGUGAUUAUAACUGUAUAGUGGUGUUUGAUGAGAGGAAACUUCAACUCAGGACCAUUAAAGAUGUCAAAGACGGAGAAGAGUGUACAAUCAGCUAUGUAGAUGUCAUCAACCCAGCUAAAGAGAGACAGGCUAAGCUGGAAGAGGAAUAUCACUUCACCUGCAAGUGUGUGAAAUGCGUUGAAGAAAUCAAUGCUUCGGGUCCAGUAGAUGAUGGUUUAGGUGAAUUAGAGCUCCAAAGUCUGAUGAAAUCCUCAGAGCAAAUACAGGAUGCAGCGAAGUCACAAGAUAUCCUUUUUUUUGCCAUUUAAAGUUUAUCUAGAAAA